AGCUUCCCACGCAUUACAAUUUAUGAUCAUCUCAUUACGAACAAUUAUAAACUAUCACUCAACAUUAUUAUUCUCCCUGUUGUGUAAACAAGAGGAAUGUUAAAGUCCCUUUAAUGGACUGAACAUAUUCACGGUAGGUUAAUGAAGCGUCCAAUGAUGUCACGGGAGUGAAUGUUACUUCCUGUGACGUCACACCACUUCAGACUGCCAUUUUCAGAGAAAGAACCACUAAUCGUAAUAGUUAUACCCAGGUAUUCUGUUGUCUGACAGGAAUUCUGGGUCCUCUUUGUUAUGUAUUGUUGUGACAAUGUAGACAAAUACUUGUGUUUCUCGUGUGAGAGGACAGCAUUUCAAUCUAACACUGCCAAUCGCAAACGCAAAAGUCGCAUGCCUUUUCUAACAUCGCCAGUUUCUUCUUGAAGUUCUUGAUCUUGCGUUCUCCAAGGGAAUCCACCGACAGGUCUGCUAGAUGACCAUGGCCACGGAGCUGGACAGGCGGGCAGGGAAGCUGAAGAAACAACCGGAAAUAGAGGAAAUAGAAGAGGAGGCAGACAUUAACGGCAGUCCCAGUUCGGACACCUCGGACCACACCAUCACAGCAAGUGCAGAACCACCGACACAAUCAAACGAUGACACUCCAGUUUUGAACGAACAAUCGAGGAACUCUCCUGCCUCGUUAGGGCAGCCAGUACAAGCUAACCACUUUCCCGUGAGAACCCGAUCUCUUGUGCGGGGUGAGGCUUUGUGUGACGACUGCUCCCCACCCCCAGAAGACAAUGCAGGCAUUGACGAAACUAGAGACCGCACCAUUUGUGGAGAAAAUACUAAUUUUUUAACUGUAUGUCCGAAGCUAGAGAAGUCGGGCUCUCAAGGAUCCGAGGCUGGUACCUCAUCAAGCAUAUCUCGAGAAUCUAGCUUGGACAACCAGUACAAAGACUCGACUGGCAUCGACCUGGAGGAGUUCAUCAAGAAAACUCUGAACAAGUCCGUCAAGGACAGGAAGAUGUUACUACAGCUGGCUAAAGAUCUCAAGAAAUUCAUCCGAGAACCAAAGCAUCAGUUUUUCCAGUUUGAUGAGAUGUCUUCGUAUGACCGGAUGCUGGUACAUCGAGUUGCGGCAUUCUUUGGUCUCGACCAUAAUGUCGACCAGAGUGGGAAGUCUGUGAUUGUGAGCAAAACUAAAAUAACGAGAAUCCCUGACUUUAGUUUUGAAGAUCAGGUUCUUAAAGGGGAUCAGCCGCUUAAAAAAAAGAUUCUACCCAGAAAAGCUCCUAGUCUGGAUGAAAGAGAGAGCAAAGGACGCGAGAAACACCUGUUUGGAAGUAAUCGAGCGAAAUCCCUCGAAGAAAGACAGAAGAGUUACGAAGAAACAAGAGCGAGAAUAUUUAAAAAUGGAGAGCAGGGCGAGGAAUUGCUGGGGUGCCCGUUAUUAAGUUUGGUCAGUAGCAAAGAUGAUUUAGGAUCUCGCCAGCCCAGCACGGACUCGAGUGGCUACGGUUCGUCGGACAACAACCGGUCACGGAUAGGGAUUCACAAGUCUAACAGCUACGGAGGCCGCCCGGCCAUACCACCGAUGAAACUUCAACACGGAACGUGCAGCUUGUCGAAAGCUGAUUCGAUUAGCAGUGGCAGCUUUGAGAGUCCACCAAUCCGCCCAUUUCCGGUUCCAACUAGUCCGUGUCAGUCUGACCAGUCAUCACUGUCACGCAGCAACUCAGUCGGCCCAGUGGCGUCGCCCAUAUCAUCAGGUGGACCGCCCCCGAGUCAGGGGUCGAGAGGUCAGGGGUCAUCGUAUCCCAUCCUAGUGACCACGGACCCGGGUUCAAUUCCCGUGGGCAGCAUGAUAGUCAAUCCGCAGACAUUACAACCUCACAUGAAUGCUGAUGGGACCAUGUACCGUUACGACCCAGCCCAGCCGCCACCCUGGCUGAUGGGGGGAAAUCUGGCCGUACCGCCACAGAACAUGCAGGCCUUCCCAGCCUGCCCACAGCAUCAGUACCCUGGGGAUCAGCACGAGUUGUGCCAGCGGUUCCCGUCUAUGACGAUGUCUGGUCAGUCGCCCGACAUGAUGGCCGAAAUGCUGCCACCCACUCCGCAGGGCUCGCAGAUGUUACCAGGCAACCAGCCCAUGUAUAAUCAAAAUCCUCACCCAUACCUGCAGCAGUCGUACUACCCGGCCCCAAACUGUAACACUGGACAACCCGUGCGCUACAUCUAUCAGGUUCCGUAUCCAGGGCAGCAGUUGCAGGCCCCAGUGGAUGGGCAGGGCCAGACGCAAGCCGUGGCGGGCAUGGGACAGUACCAGCAACAUUACGUGCAUAGUGUGCCGUCGAACUACCCCAACGUUGUGCUUCAGUCGGGACCUUCGGGCGACCUCACCGCCGCCGCGGGCAACCACACCGCCCAGACGGCCGUCUACCCCGGGGCUGUUCACCCCGGCGACGGGAACGUGCAGUCCUACUCUAUACAGUAUGGCAAUUUUAGUCAGAACAGCUGCUACGGACAAAGCCCCUCCCCAGUGUUUUACAGCGUGUCGUCGUCCAACAACCCACAGAUGGGCUUCUCGCUGGGUGGGCCGGGCACCCAGCUCCGCGCCACCACCCCGCCCAACCAGGCGGGCCCCGUCGCGGCCCCAAACCCGACAACGUUAAACGUGGGCCAGGCAAUGAACUAUGGGAGUGGGAGCACGCACGCGGCACAUUCGCUGACGUCGCCGCAGUUCGGCUCGUACCCAGUGUAUCCUCAGGUCGUGCAGAACCAGCUGAGGCCCGUGAAUCAGGUGGUGCAUAUCCCCGGGGUGCAGUCGCACAGCCCCUCCCAGCAUUUCUCUGUGGUGAGGCAGGUCAGUAUGCCCGUUGUCGGGCUGCAGGGCCCCCCACAGGGCACAGCCCUGGGUCCUCCGCAACCCAUGGGCAUGAAAGGCUACACAGUGCAUGGUUGUGUUCAAAAACAGUCGGUGGAGCCCGGGAAGGAAGGCACAGCAAUAAUGCCAGCAAUCUCGCACGUUCCCGGGUCUAGUCCUGUCACCGGACCGGCUAUACGGACGCCACAACAGAUAGGAUCAACACCUUGCUGGUAAUCCCAAUGACUGGUAAAGUAAUGCAACCAAUCACAGCGCUCGAUACUGUAAACCUGGUAUGCAUGCAUGGACGACGGUUACCCUAGGUCCUGUUCGGAGCCUUCACCGAACUCACAAAUUUAUGGCAUGAUAAAAAUGCUUCUUGUAUUUUUUUUCUAGUCAAGAUAUAAUUUUAUAAUUAAAAUUAUUUUGCAAAUAACCAUUAAAAAUAGUGUCUUUCUCUUAAAAUAGUUUAUCAAAAUGUAUGUAUGAUAGCCGGCGUUUAUCAAAAUGUGUGUAUGAUAGCUGGCGUUUAUCAAAAUGUAUGUAUGAUAGCCGGCGUUUAUCAAAAUGUGUGUAUGAUAGCCGGCGUUUAUCAAAAUGUGUGUAUGAUAGCCGGCGUUUAUCAAAAUGUGUGUAUGAUAGCCGGCGUUUAUCAAAAUGUGUGUAUGAUAGCCAGCGUUAAUCAAAAUGUGUGUAUGAUAGCCGGCGUUUAUCAAAAUGUAUGUAUGAUAGCCGACAUUUUUUAUCAAAAUGUGUGUAUGAUAGCCGGCGUGCAUUUUACAGUGCUCGCUUGAUGCGCAAUCGAUCUAGGAUCGUUUCCCAUCGGUGGGCCCAUUGGGCUAUUUCUCAUUCAAUCAGUGCUCCACAACUGGUGUA